UCAUGUUGAACUCUCUCCAUAAGUAUGAACCUCAGCUCCACAUCGUGAGAGUGGGCGGAAGCCACCGAAUGGUCACUAACGUCUCUUUCAGCGACACACAGUUCAUCGCUGUCACUGCCUACCAGAACGAAGAGAUCACUGCUCUGAAGAUCAAAUACAACCCCUUCGCUAAGGCUUUCCUGGACGCCAAAGAGAGGAACCACCCGAACAGUCCAUUGGAGUCCCCAUUUGAUAGCCAUAUGGGAAUUCAACACUGUGGUUGGUUUCUGUCUAACCCAGACUCGCUGUGUUCAGGUGGGGGUCCUAGCUUCCCCUAUAGCGGGGGUCUGCCUCUCGCCCCCUCUCAUGGGUACAAGCACUACCCCCCCAGGCCAGCCCCCUACCCCUCCUCCUACCUGCCGCACCGCACGCACACUUCUGUCUCUCUGUCUGAGGGGCUACAGGUGUUGUCUGGGGGUCCUGAUGGCUGGUCCAGUGUCUCCUCCCCCGGCCCCUCCUCCUCAGCCCUACCCGUGACCACACCCUCCUCACCCCCGUCCACCAAUAGCAGCAGUCAGUACCCGUGUCUGUGGACGGUCGGGCGUACAGACGGGAGUACCGCCUCUUCUCCCUGCGCCCAGCUUCACGGACCAAUCAACAGCGAGAGCCACCCACAGCCACCCAAUCACGUCCGGCUGGGCGGGCCCGGUUGGCCACCUGUCUCCACCCAUUCCUUCUAAUAAACGAUGUGAUUGGUCAAUGCCCACAUGGGCAUGAUCAGUACUGCCCUGGGACCCGGCACCGGAAGGCCUUUAAUUAACUCAACAUCUUAGAUGCUGGGUGUUCCUCUGCCAAGGCGUUGCAAACGUAUGCCAGAUCUUACAUCUUCUGGAAAGGUAUUUUAAGUAUCAGCUAACCACAUCAUAUGUCAUAGCAAUCUGAUGCCCGACAGCACAGUCGAUGACGUGGCACGGAGCCAUUGGUUGAUGAAUGCAACGUCUGAGCAGGGCAACGCGACCAAUGUGUAUGUGCAUAUGAUGCCAAACAAAUGUGUUAGUGUAUGUGCACCUCAAAAAACAAAGGCCUAGAUUCAAUCAGAUCAAGUGUUAACCAGCAAUAGCAGACGCCUGCAUAGCAGAUGUUUAGGUGUUGUUGGAGGUGGAGGUGGAACUGCAUUGGAGCUAUCAAAUCGGUGAGCCUAACCACACCCGCAUUAGAAGUUCAGAACGAGAAAGUGUAGGCUAUAUAGAAAUAAUGACGCUCA